ACCAGGGGCUUUGAACAACUCGCCAAGAUGACAGAGAUGCCCAAGAAAGCCAGCAAAAAGUUCAAGUUCUUCAAGUUCAAGGGCCUCGGGAGCCUUUCCAAUCUCCCUCGGUCCUUUUCUCUGAGACGGUCUUCAGCCUCCGCUAGUCUCCGGCCUCACCUGGAGCCUGACACUUUUGAAGCCACACAGGACGACAUGGUGACCGUCCCGAAGAGCCCUCCUGCCUACGCUCGUUCAAGUGACAUGUACAGCCACAUGGGCACCAUGCCUCGCCCUAACAUCAAGAAGGCUCGGAAACAACAGGCUGUCCAGAAGGCCCAGGAGGUCAGCCCCGAGUCACGCCCUCCGCCUCGAGGGCUGCUGGACCCACCAGGCUUAGAGGCAGCCACGGAGGCAGAGGAGGGAACUGACGCUCAGCUGAAGGACACCCCAGGGGUGGAACCCACACCUUUGGCAGUAGAGGUGGACCCUAUGAGGAAGCCUGAGGAACCCCCAGUAGACAAAAAGGAGGAGCAAGUCCCUGGGGAUGUACACCCAGAAAGGACUGCUGCAGAACUGGAGGCUGCUGGAGACUAUGUGAAGUUCUCCAAGGAGAAGUACAUUCUCGACUCAUCGCCAGAGAAGCUACACAAGGAGCUGGAAGAAGAGCUGAAGCUCAGCAGCACAGACCUCCGCAGCCAUGCCUGGUACCACGGACGCAUCCCUCGUGAGGUCUCUGAGACCCUGGUGCAGCGCAACGGCGACUUCCUCAUCCGGGACUCACUCACCAGCCUGGGGGACUACGUGCUCACCUGUCGCUGGCACAAUCAGGCCUUGCACUUCAAGAUCAACAAGGUGGUGGUGAAGGCCGGCGAGAGCUACACCCACAUCCAGUACCUGUUCGAGCAGGAGAGCUUCGACCACGUGCCCGCCCUUGUGCGCUACCACGUGGGUAGCCGUAAGGCUGUGUCUGAACAGAGCGGGGCCAUCAUCUACUGCCCGGUCAACCGCACCUUCCCACUGCGCUACCUCGAGGCCAGCUACGGCCUGAGCCAGGGCGGCAGCAAGGCCGCCAGCCCAGCCAGCCCCUCAGGCUCCAAGGGCAGCCACAUGAAGAGACGAAGCAUGACCGUGACUGAUGGGCUCACCACGGACAAGGUCACCCGCAGCGAUGGCUGCCCUAACAGCACCUCACUACCCCAUCCUCGGGACUCCAUCAGGAACUGUGCCCUCAGCAUGGACCAGAUCCCUGAUCUACACUCACCCCUGUCUCCUAUCUCCGAGAGCCCCAGCUCCCCCGCCUAUAGCACUGUCACCCGUGUCCAUACCGCCUCCGCCACCCCCUCGCCCGCCGCACAGCCUGCCUCCCCAGUUGCCCGGCGCUCCAGUGAACCCCAGGUGUGUUCCGGAAGUGCUCCGAAGCCUCCUGGGGAGUCAGACAAGGGCCCUCACGCAAGUCCUUCCCACACCCUCUGCAAGGCCUCGCCAUCCCCAUCACUCAGCAGCUACAGUGACCCGGACUCUGGCCACUACUGUCAGCUGCAGCCUCCUGUCCGUGGCGGCCGAGCGUGGGCAGCAGGGGAGACCCCUCGGAAGGCCAGGAGCUCAGGAGAGAGGCAAAAGGAACUGUCAGAAAACGGAGUCCCCGAGGGGGAAUGGGGCAAGACCUUCACAGCCCCUGUGGUGGAAGCCACCUCUUCUUUCAACCUGGCUACCUUCCAGUCCCAGCUCAUCCCCAAGGAGAACCGGCCCCUGGAGGUGGGCCUUCUGCGCAAGGUCAAGGAGCUGCUGUCGGAGGUGGAUGCUCGGACACUGGCCCGGCAUGUCACCAAGGUCGACUGCCUGGUUGCUAGGAUACUGGGCGUUACCAAGGAGAUGCAGACCCUAAUGGGAGUCCGCUGGGGCAUGGAGCUGCUCACCCUCCCCCAUGGCCGGCAGCUAAGACUAGACCUGCUGGAAAGGUUCCACACCAUGUCCAUCAUGCUGGCCGUGGAUAUUCUGGGCUGCACAGGCUCCGCGGAGGAGCGGGCCGCGCUGCUGCAUAAGACCAUCCAGCUGGCGGCCGAGCUGCGGGGGACGAUGGGCAACAUGUUCAGCUUCGCCGCCGUCAUGGGCGCCCUGGAGAUGGCCCAGAUCUCCAGGCUGGAGCAGACGUGGGUGACCCUGCGGCAGCGACACACGGAAGGUGCCAUUCUGUAUGAGAAGAAGCUCAAGCCUUUCCUCAAGAGCCUCAACGAGGGCAAAGAAGGCCCGCCACUGAGCAACACCACAUUUCCACACGUGCUGCCAUUCAUCACCCUGCUGGAGUGUGACUCCGCCCCUGCUGAGGGUCCUGAACCUUGGGGUAGCACGGAGCAUGGUGUAGAGGUUGUUCUAGCCCACCUGGAGGCCGCCCGCACUGUGGCUCACCACGGGGGCCUCUACCACACCAACGCCGAGGUCAAGCUGCAGGGGUUCCAGGCCCGACCAGAGCUCCUGGAAGUGUUCAGCACCGAGUUCCAGAUGCGUCUCCUCUGGGGAAGCCAGGGUGCCAACAGCAGCCAGGCCCGGCGCUAUGAGAAGUUUGACAAAGUGCUCACUGCCUUGUCCCACAAACUGGAACCUGCCGUCCGCUCUAGUGAGCUGUGACCCCGGAGACCUUGCCUCUCUGCAGCUGCAGGCAGCGUUGGGGGCAGAGGGGCUCAGGACUUGCCCCCAGAGCACCACAGGGACACUGUGAUCAGCCCAAGGAUGUUCUGGGUUCAAAUCCAGGACCUCCCUUGCACUUCCAGGGUCCUGAAUGGACUCUGAGCUCCACCCUUCCAUCACACAUGCACCAAGUCUCCCUUCCAAAAGGACAGGAACCUCUGUUCCUCCCACUGGCUUUGGCUGGUUCCUAUUUUGCCGAGGUUCCCUGUUUUUGAGCCAUGGGAGGCUCCCCACUUCUUUCCCUUCCUCCAGGCAUCUUUGCCUAGAGCUACCACGGCCUCCAUCUUACUGUAAAUAAGUUUGACUGUAAAUAUAUGUACAGACGCCAUGCUGUCUCUUUCAUAUAAUAAACUUUAAUGACUCUUU